AGCCCCAGCAGAAUGCUGCCUGUGGCCACUGUUUUCCUUGAAGGAGAGUCUGGGAGUUGGAACCUCCAUCCUGAUCCUGCAGCAGCAUGACAGUAACAAUGGCAGUAAUAAAUCAGAAAAUCCUCAGCUGUAUGUGAGCAGCUCCUUUUGACCUCACACAUGCCUCCAUUUUAUAGAUGAGGCAGCUGAGGCUCAGCAAGGUUUAGGGACUUGUCCAAAGUCACAUAGCAAUCAAGCAUUGGGAUUUGCUGGCACUUGAACCCAGGCAGUCUGAUGCCAUGUUGACUCUCAAAGAGAACUGACCCAGUGGCUGAACAGAUGGUUGCCCCCCUUCCAUGCCAGGCCCUGUGCUGGGGUCUAGUGAUUCCAAGAUGAAUCAGACCCUGCCCCUGCCCUACGGCGCUGUGACUUUGGGCAUGUUCCUGCUUCUAAUUUCCCCUUGGUAAAGGAACCUAGCACUGUGGUACUUACCCUAUAGGUUUGGGUUUAGCAUGGAAGUUGGCAUCAGGUAAACAUUUCAUGAACAUUAGUUGCUACCCUGAGGUAUAUGGGUGCCCACUAUGUGCUAUGUAUUGGUGGGCAUGGAAAAUGGGGACAUGUGCCUCCAUGGUGUGGGUCCUUUUCCUCCACUCAAGCAUCGAGGGAGGGCCCAUCCAGCAGUGUCGCCCCCCUGUCCCUCCCACCAGCUCAUCCUGUUCGGGCUCAGCAACCAGCUGGCAGUGACAUUCCGAGAGGAGAACACCAUCGCCUUCCGCCACCUCUUCCUUCUGGGCUACUCUGAUGGGGCAGAUGACACCUUCGCAGCCUACACACAGGAGCAGCUCUACCAGGCUAUCUUCUACGCUGUGGACCAGUAUCUGAUGCUCCCUGAUGUGUCGCUGGGCCGCUACGCAUAUGUACAGGGCGGGGGUGGCCCCUGGGCCAAUGGCUCAGCCCUGGCCCUCUGCCAGCGGUACUACCACCGUGGCCACGUGGACCCAGCCAAUGACACCUUUGACAUUGACCCAAUGGUCGUCACUGAUUGCAUCCUGGUGGACCCCCCUGAGAGACCCCUUGUGCCCCCCAAUGAUGAUUUCUCUCCCAUGGAUGGCAGCGCCAGUUACAAGAACCUCACGCUCAAAUUCCACAAGCUGAUCAACGUCACCAUCCACUUCCAGCUGAAGACCAUCAAUCUUCAAAGCCUGAUCAACAAUGAGAUCCCAGACUGCUAUACCUUCAGCAUCCUGAUCACGUUUGACAAUAAGGCAUACAGCGGGCGUGUCCCCAUCAGCCUGGAGACCCAGGCUCACAUCCAGGAGUGUAAGCACCCCAGCGUCUUCAGGCAUGGAGACAACAGCUUCCGGCUCCUGUUUGAUGUGGUAGUGAUGCUCACCUGCUCCCUCUCCUUCCUGCUGUGUGCCCGCUCCCUGCUCCGGGGCUUCCUGCUGCAGAAUGAGUUUGUGGGGUUCAUGUGGCAGCAGCGAGGACGGGCCAUCAGCCUGUGGGAGCGGCUAGAAUUUGUCAACGGCUGGUAUAUCCUGUUGGUCACCAGUGACGUGCUCACCAUCUCGGGCACUAUCAUGAAGAUCGGCAUUGAAGCUAAGAACUUGGCCAGCUACGACAUCUGCAGCAUCCUCCUGGGCACUUCAACGUUGCUCGUCUGGGUUGGUGUCAUCCGCUACCUGACCUUCUUCCAUAAUUACAACAUCCUCAUCGCCACGCUGCGGGUGGCCUUGCCCAGCGUCAUGCGAUUCUGCUGCUGUGUGGCUGUCAUCUACCUGGGCUAUUGCUUCUGCGGCUGGAUUGUAUUGGGGCCCUACCACGUGAAGUUCCGCUCGCUGUCCAUGGUGUCGGAGUGCCUAUUCUCACUCAUCAAUGGGGAUGACAUGUUCGUGACAUUUGCGGCAAUGCAGACGCAGCAGGGCCGCAGCAGCCUCGUCUGGCUCUUCUCCCAGAUCUACCUUUACUCCUUCAUCAGCCUCUUCAUCUACAUGGUGUUGAGCCUCUUCAUCGCACUCAUCACUGGUGCCUACGACACCAUCAAGCACCCCGGCGGUGCAGGCACGGAGGAGAGCGACCUCCAGGCUUACAUUGCGCAGUGCCAGGACAGCCCUACCUCUGGCAAGUUCCGCAGCGGGAGAGGCUCAGCUUGCAGCCUCUGCUGUUGCGGCAGGAGCAGGUUCGAAUCCAGGGAUGAUGCCGAGGAGAAUUCGCUGCUGGUGAAUUGACCCGGACCGCGACUGCCACUGGACAUUAGCCCCAGGACCCUGGACUGGGGAGAUCCUUGCCUAUUUAUUUUUAGGGUUUGCUUUUGAGGACUGGCUCUCUGCAGCACCCUGUGAAGGUGUGGGCCAGUUGAAUCGGACACUGGGGUGGGACAGGGGUAGGGUGGAUAUUAAAUAAAACAGGAAAAUAAA